AUGUACAAAAAUAGCUGCUCACAGUCCUGUCAGACAGAUUUGGAAGUCAUCUUGGAGUUUCUUGAAGAGCACUGGAGGCAAGAGUCUAGAAGAGGGGACUUAUGGGAAAGCACUGAUUCCCUUGAGAAUUCUCAAACUGUUGGACAGGGUUGUAGUGCUGCAGCAAAUCACUUGGAUUCUCUCCAGCUGAUUUCUUCUUCAAAAGCUCAACAGGAUGCAGGACAGCAGAUGAAGAUGAAUGGAUUUGAUCCAGGUGUGGAGUUUGGGAUGAGGGAAUCAGUAAUCCAGGGUGUUUGCACUGAGCCAGCUUUAAACCCCCUGGCUGGUCCAGAGAGGCCUUUAACUCCACGUGUAAAAGCUGAGCGGAGUUGGAACGCUGAAUCAUUGCCCAGCUCUACACCUGCAGGCAGAGGAAAAAAGGUGCGCCUUUUCCACUUUCUGUUUGAAAUGCUAGAGGACCCGGGAAUGGCUCACUGUGUGUCAUGGGUUCCUUCAUCAGCUGGGGUUUUCUGCUUCUCCUCCACACACAAGGAACGCGUGGCAGAACUCUGGGGGCAGCGCAAAGGCAACAGAAGACCCAUGACCUACCAGAAGAUGUCCCGCGCCCUGAGAAACUACACCCGCUCAGGAGAAAUCAUCAAAGUGAGAAAAAAACUGACAUACCAGUUCAGCAGAGCCACCCUCACUACAUUAAGGAGUCAGCAGCCUGUCAAGAACGCCCUACACUGAGAAGGAAAGAUUCUGUAAAGUUCUGUAAUAACACAAGAAAAAGUUCCCUGUAUUGGGUUCUAUAUCUUUAUUAGUAAACAUCUGUGGAUUUUAUGAAGUCCUGCUUGGACUGCAACCAUUGUAAUCGGUGAUCAGAUUACCACUUCUCAUACAGUCUAAUUUUUAGUGAGAUGUAUUCAUGUCGUGAUACCUAUUUUUGUUUGGAUGUUAUACAGAUCUGGAAAAAAGAGACGGCACUUAAAAAUUGUGAGUUUCUUUGAUUUUACCAAACUGCCAUCAAACCAAAAUGAACUGCUUUUUUUUUGUAUCAGGAGUGGCAUAAAUGUGUCUAAAAGCAGCGUAUAAGACUGGUGGAUUAGAACAGGCCAAGAUGCAUAAAAACUGUGAUUAAAAACAGGGUUAUUCCAGCAAAUAUUGAUUUCUGAACUCUUAAAACUUUAUGAAUAUAAACUUGUUUUCUUUUCAUUCUUUGAGAUCUGAAAGCUCUGCAUCUUUUUUGUUAUUUUAGCCAUUUCUCAUUGUCUGCAAAUAAAUGCUCUAAAUGACAAUAUUUUUAUUAGGAAUUUGGGAGAAAUGUUUGUAGUUUAUAGAAUAAAAUAACAAUGUUCAUUUUACUCAAACAUAUACCUAUAAAUAGCAAAAUCAGAGAAACUGAUUCAGAAACUUUAGUUGUCUCUUAUUUUUUUCAAGAGCUGUAUUAUCCCAGCAACAAUAGCAAUAAACCACAUUAAUGUCUUUUUAAGACUAUUCAUUUUAAGCCACUGAAAUAUUAAUAAUAUAAUAACAUGAUGCAAUUUUAAAGCGCAGCACACUUUUAAUUUACAAGAACAAUCAGAAAUUGGUAUUGGAAUCUAAAAAACUUAAAUAUAUAAAAUACCCAAAUAAAUAAAUCCUAAGUAAAGUUAAACCACUGUUUUUAAACUACGUUGACACAGGCUAUUUCACAAUAAUGGAAUCUCCCUAAGAAAAACCUAAUGGCCAUUAUUAAGGUCAGCUAAAAUUAAUGAGGAAAUCUCCAUUUAUUGUACAAUAAAUUCAUAGCAUGGUUAUUGUGAAAGUCCAUUAUUGUGAAACUGCAUAGGCCUACACAAAGCAGGCCUACACAAGCUAUCAGAUACAUGCCUAUACAAAAUUCAUUAUAAAUAUACUUUGUUCUGUCUCUUUUAUAUUAAUAUAUUUCCAGGAUAAUACUACUGAUCAUUGGUGCACAUUGUAUGUUCUUUCAGGAUUUCUAUUUUCAUUUCUCUCAACUAUUAUUGUUCUUCUUAUACAGUGUUUGUCACAAUGUAACAGUGCUAAAAUUACUUUAGCUGAUAUGUGAGUUUUUACAUUACACAUUUUAAGAAUAUUAAUCAGAACUGACAUUUUUUUAUUUAAUAUUUUAACUAUGAAUUAGUGUAAUUAAGUAUAAUGUCUAAGGGCCCUAUUUUAGCAAUCUGUAGAGCACUGGUCAAUUGUGUAUCCCGCAGCUGGAUUUAGGGUGAGUUGGUGUGUGUUUGUUAUCGUGAAUACCAAAAAAUCUGCUUUGCGUGACUCUAAAGGCACAAAUGACAUGAACUAAUUAUUUUAAUUCAUGGGUGUGUUUUGGGCGUAACAUGAAAUAAACCAAUUUAGUGUGCCAGUCGUCAUUACCUUUAUGUGGCAGGUGCUCUCUGACUUUGGCACAUUUGCAUCUUUAUAUGUUUUUGUGCGUCUGAGCAGAGGAUACUGACCUGUGCAUUCAGGCUGUGAAGGUACACCAGCAGCUCAUUUAAGGGAACAGCAAUGUAAUUUAAUCUUCAUUCUGUUUAUUGUUGAGGUAAAAGCUGGAUUUGCAUGCUGCAGUGCGUUUAUUUGUGUGUGAAAUAAGCGGUGGUGUACAUGGUUAGAUAGGAUUGGGUGGGUGACUGCUGACUGUUGUCAGUGUUUUAAUCAGUCAGUGGCACCUUUGUUUCCCACCACCAAGACAGCAAUACAAUUGAAAUUUACCUGAACUCACCUCACUUCCAGACUACCACACCCAUCAGCGUAGAUUUAUUCCUAAACUCUGAUGCUAUUUAACUGUGUGGGUGCUGGGCGUGAAAAUACUGCUGAUGGGGUGUAACAUAUCAAUGAGCAUGCAACGCACCUUGGGUGUACAGUAGGGUCCAAAGUUUUUAUAGGGAGGUUUGUUUACUCAGCAGCCAGGCUGUUUUUUGCGGUCCCAAAAGACCAGGCUUUCAUCUCUACGAAUGGGGAGAGACUAAAAAGCUAAAAUGCUUGAAACUGAAUGUCAUAAUAAUAUUUCAAAAACAAAUUUUAAAUCACUGAUAAAUUCUGCCGACCUUAUAAAUAGUUUGUAGUAGGGCUGCAGCUAUCGAUUAUUUUAGUAAUCAAGUACUCUACUGAAAAAUUGAUUCGAUUAAUUGAGUAAUCGGAUAAAACAUAAAAUAAGAGAUUUCAUAAAAUAAGAAAUUUCACUCAAUAAUGAAUGACCAAUUGGUUUAAUUUUUAAAUUUACAACAUACAUUUCCACACUGCAAACAAA